AUGACAGCUGGUUGAAACCAAUGAAACGUCAAACUACCUGAGACAAAUUUUUCCUUCACAUAUUGCCGCAAGUUUGUAAACAGCAAAUUAGUGACUGAUUAAAGGUGAUUCGCGUCUAGUUUAUAAUGCAGAGAGUGUCCUCGGCAGCAAUGAAAAAUCCAUGGCUAAACCAGCGUUUUAAAUAAUUAGAAACUUGUGAUACCCGUACAAGGCUUUCCGAGGGGAGAUUUGGCAGUAAUUGUAAGUUAAACAGGUGAUGGGCGUGAAUAACAGUAAGAAAUUGGCAGCAAAGUGUUCUUUUUUGUCCAAAGAUGAACAACAUAUUGUUAGCAAUUCAUUUCGGCUUGCAAGCAAAAACUCGGAAAAAAUCAAGGAAGAGGAACUUACGAAAUUAUGGGGCUCGCAAAUGGACUCCCGCCUUCUACAGUACAUAAACAAUUACUUAUUUGGAAUUGGAGAAUCACGCACACAAACUGUUGAACUUGAACGCUUUGCUGAACUUUUCGUUUUUUGUACGAGAGGCACCGUUGAGGAAAAGUUGAAAGUUCUUAUAAUAUCCCUUGGACGCAGCGAUUCUGAAUUCAAUGAGCUCCCUUACAUUCUUGUUAAAGAAUACGUGGAAAGUAUUGUCGCUUCAUACAUGAAAAUUCAAAAACUGAGCAACACAAAACAGUUCAAAUCAUGGUUUUCUCGCGGUUGUUUCACCUCAGCCCAAAACAUUCAAAGACUGGCAGAAAGUCUCAGUCACGACUUAGCAUCAACUGACAGCAUAACGCGACGUGCGCUGGAAGUAUGGUUACAGGGUUCAACAGUGCUUGGUCAAUUGCUUCUUUUCGUUUUUAUGCAUUUAUAUAACAUUUCUCAUAAAGAUAAGGCUCAAGUUUCCGGCGAGAAAAGCGCCAUUGAAGAACCGCACACGUCGAGUGAGAAGGAAAAAGAUAGGAGUUUAGUGCCAUUUUGCCGUGGCCUCGAUCUCAUUCCCUCAUAUCCAAGUUUGCUAGAUUUAAAUCAGAUAGUUUUUAUUAACGCGAAUUUACCGCAACAGUAUCAAUUAGAGUGGCGGUUUUUGUUUAGUUCCGAAAUACACGGCGAGUCGUUUUCUACGCUCAUAGGUAGGAUAGUUAAUCAGGGACCGUCAGUAUUGGUAGUUGAAGACAGAAAUGGGUACAUGUUUGGUGGUUUUGCCCCUGCGAACUGGUCAUUGGGCCCCAAUUUUUUCGGGGAUGACAGUAGCUUUUUGUUCACACUCGCACCGCGCAUGAGGAUUUUUCCAUCUACAGGGUACAAUCAGCACUUCCAAUAUCUCAAUUUGCACCAACAAACUAUGCCAAACGGUUUGGCUAUGGGAGGGCAGCACAACUACUACGGUCUGUGGAUAGACAGCGAAUACGGCAAAGGUCACUCCUCUGAAUCUUGCACCACGUAUUCGGGUUAUUCGCAACUGGCCUCUGGGAAAGAGUUUACGUUUCGACACUUGGAAGUCUGGGGCUUGGGAGCCCCGCCCCCCACUCCUCAAGAAAAAGGCGAGCGGUCGAGCUCUACUAGCGUUUUGGACGGCAACGUCGAGACUAAAGCGAUGUUGAAGAUGGCAGGACGCACAAUACAUAGUGAAGGUUUAAGAGAUGCACCUCCGAAUAAUUAAAACAGGUUGGUUUUAUUUUGCUGAAAUGCCUUAAACGGUUCUUUUGUAAUCUUUACACUAAGAUGACAAGUGUUUAUCCCUAGAAGUAUUUUUAUAUGUGCCGUUGAUUCAAGCUCCAAACUAUGUGAAAGUUUCGCUUUUAUUACACCAACUUCUAUCACGUUAAGUUUAAGUCUGGGUUGUCAGUAGCACCGUAAUGCGUACUUGUGUGAUAACGUUUUACAAUUUUUCCUAUUUUUUAAUUAUAAGAAAAGAUGUGCCAAAGAUUUGGUUACACACUUAUAGUGAGCUUCACUUACUUUCAAAUUUAUUUAUUUUUUCGUUUUAAUUGUUACGACUAUAGAUAGUUUAUAUAUUUGUUAUUUAUGUGUCGUAUAUGUGAUCUAUUAAUUUUUAAGUGAUGUACAGUAACAAU